AUGUUGGCGCAACAGCCUCUGCCCAGCAACCAGGCCUGGGACGGCAACAUGCAGUUGUUGAGCCCCGCGCGCAUCCCAUACCCCGGUAUCCAGAAGAGAUCAUCGCCCUCGGCCAAUUCGCGCUCCAUGCCUUCCGGCUACCACAGUCGGUCCAACAGCUCCAACAAACCAUUACCGACCCCGGUGCAGACCCCACUUCAGAACUCCUUCCUCGCGACACCUUUCCAGAACUUCGAUCCCACAUCGCAGGAUGCUCACAACGCUGAGACUGAAACAGCUAUGCGACGAGCAAUUAUGGACCAGCAGAAGCAAUCUUCACCACAGCAAUUCCAGGGCGAUUACUCUCUGGCUCCCUCAGUAUCAACACUGAGUCAUAAUUCCCCGGUGACCCCACAGACGAGUCUCGAUGAGCUCGACGACGCCUCAAAGUCGAUGAGCAAUGGUGAGAUUCAAAAUCCUGAAAUCGACCGGUGGAUGACACAAUACUUACAUUUCGAUGCACCAGAAUAUAACAACGGCAUGCCAAUGGGAAUUCCCAGGUUGGACAGGACGAUCUCUGAUAUCUAUCAGGAUGAGCUCUACAACCCUGCUAUUAUGGCCGCGCCUCAAGUGUCCAACAAGCAAAUGGGACAGAACCACUUGAACCCACGCAACUUCAUUGCCGACCGACUGAGCGCCGCCAACCAGGGCCAUAUGUCUGCUCGCUCUCAAUCACCUGUCAACAGACGGGACCGCUCACCUUUCCGCCCCUCUUCCCCAUUCGCAGGCGACAUGGGCAACGAGGCUUUGCAGCAACCACAAGCUGCUACCAGCGUGCCCAUGUCUAAUGCAAUGAACAUGAACCAGAACAUGAACCAAAACACUGGUGAUAUCAAGACCAUGUCUCCUAAGGAUGCAGUUUUGGACUUCCAGGAUGGGGAUGACUCCAUGCCUCCUCUGUUCCCUGCGGGCAUUCCCUCCACUCAGCCUGAUUUCAACUUGGGCGAUGCGCUCGGUUUGCGACGCGACAGCGGUUCCAUGAGAGCGAUGGAAGCAUUCCCUCAAUACACCGCGCCUACUAUGUCUCAGCCUCAAUUCGCAUUCGCUCAACAACAGAGCCGUCCUCAGAACCACCUGCUACAGCAGCCUUCUGACUUCCCAUCGCUUCCUACUAUGGAAUCGACCGAGACACCACGGAGCCAGAUCAGCAUGCCUUCUACGGAGAGCAUCCCUCGCCCUGGCAACACCACCUCGGAUGCCGGCACCUAUACUUGCACCUACCACAACUGCGCCUACCGCUUCGACUCCCCCUCUCGAUUGCAGCGACACAAGCGCGAGGCGCACCGCCAAACUACACCGGGCGGCCACCUGAUUAGCCGCGACACCACACUUCGCAACUCCCAGGCCGGCCCUCACAAAUGCGAGCGCAUCAACCCGUCAACUGGAAAGGCAUGCAAUUCUAUCUUCUCUCGUCCCUACGAUCUUACGCGACAUGAACACACCAUUCAUACCGCCGGGAAGCAGAAAGUGCGCUGCCACAUCUGUAACGAGGACAAGACUUUUAGCCGAAACGACGCUCUCACAAGGCACAUGCGAGUCGUGCAUCCCGAAAUUGAUUGGCCAGGCAAGCAGCGUAGAAGGAGGGACUGA